AGACGAGACUAGACGACCACCGUCCUCAUUUCCGGUUUCCGUUUGUGCGUUGAACUUGAAGUAGUAUGAAAGUCAGGGUCAUGCUACGAAUGGAUCCGCUCUACCCCAACAUCUCCGUUGUGGAGCCAUUGCAUGACCUUCACAGGAAGUUCUUUACUGCACCGGUCUGUGCUCGUCCCUUCCUUUGAGUCGUUGGACUCCAUCGACCCUUCCACGCGCGCUCUUGUUCCGGCUCCCCGAUUCUCCCCCCCCCCCCCGCAGCGCCAGUGUUGCCUUUAACACAGAAGGCGGCAAAUGGGCUUCCCAGAAGGCGCGGGCUGUGCCAUCGCGAAUGUAUUUGUCCGGUGCCUGGAAGGAGAAAAAAAACCCAGCAAGCACGCAUGCCUAUGGGCUGUAAUGAGUAGGUAAGCAGCACAAUGGCUGAGGAUCCAUCUGUGCCUCUGUCAGGGGGCAUCACCCCCAUGCAGCAGAUGCUGGCAUCUGGGACUGGGGCCCUCUUCACUUCUCUCUUUGUCACACCCUUGGAUGUGGUAAAGAUCCGCCUGCAGGCUCAGAAGACCCCAUUCUCCAAAGUGUUGUCAGUACAAUCUAUGCCCUGGAGUAUUCACCAGCCCAAAUGGAAAUGUUUUCUUUACUGCAAUGGCCUCAUGGACCACCUAUAUGUGUGUCAGAAUGGAAACAGCUGCAUGGCCUGGUACAAGACCCCCACGCGCUUCACAGGCACAUUGGAUGCUUUUGUGAAGAUAAUACGCUACGAGGGCAUCCGAUCUUUAUGGAGUGGCCUGCCACCCACUCUAGUUAUGGCUGUCCCUGCCACUGUGAUCUACUUCACUAGUUAUGAUCAACUACGUGAUUUUCUGCGUGCCAAGAUAGAUAGCAAAGGGCGCUACAUCCCACUGGUGGCUGGAGCCAUUGCUAGACUGGGUGCAGUAACUGUGAUCAGCCCCUUGGAACUCAUCCGAACAAAGAUGCAAUCUCGCCAACUGAGUUACCGUGAGCUGCGUGUCUGCAUCCAGUCUGCUGUGGCCCAGGAUGGCUGGCUGUCUCUCUGGAGGGGCUGGGGACCCACGGUGUUGCGAGAUGUUCCCUUCUCAGCUCUGUACUGGUAUAACUAUGAGCUGGUGAAAGAGUGGCUGUGCAGGAAAUUCUGUCUCAAUGAGGCCACCUUCAUGAUCAACUUCACAUCUGGCGCCAUUUCUGGUGUGGUUGCUGCUAUCCUGACACUGCCCUUUGAUGUGGUGAAGACCCAGCGGCAGGUUGAGCUGGGAGACAUGGAGACACUCCAAGUUACUGCUUCCAAGUCUUCAUCCACGUGGCUGCUUAUGCAGAGAAUUCGGGCAGAAUCGGGCACCCGAGGACUCUUUGCAGGAUUCCUGCCUCGUGUUAUCAAGGUGGCCCCAGCCUGCGCCAUUAUGAUCAGCACAUAUGAAUUUGGCAAGACCUUCUUCCAGAAAAUGAACCAGGAACAGCGGCUUAAUGGCCUGUGAGAUCUGGGAAAUAGCCUCCAUUGGCAGCUUCCCAAUGGACCAAAACCACAUUGAUGGAAGGUUUUAGCAGAGGAGUGGGUGGGAGAGAAGAGUUUGUGGGCAUGAGCACGGGCAAUGAUCACUGUCAGUCAAGCUUGAGAAGGCCAUACCCAAGAAAAGUUUGCUUGUGUUUUUUUUUGUUUUAGUAUUUGUAUUGUGUUGAGCAAAUUCCAGGUGCCUUUUAGCUAGCUUCUUCCCUCCUACCUUUUUUCCUGGGGAGCAGUUUAGUGAUUAAAUCAUAACUGCACCUCCUGUACUCACUAAGGACUCAUGCUCAAGUUGAGCUGCUUGGGUACUGUAACUCUUCUACAGCUCACUGAAGAGCAGGCGCUUCAGCCAUUGUGGUGUUUGCCACAUUGCUCCAAAUCAGGAGACUCUACAACUAAAACUGCCUGCCUGCAAGACUCCAGACAGAAGGUAGUUUUCCUUGGCCAGAUGCAGGUGGUAGUGACAUGAAAGAAGAGGAAAUGGGCUAGCCCUUUCGUUUAAAAACAAGAGGAUCUUCUGCAUGAAAUUCCCUUUUGUGGGCCUCCAAAGACUUAAAAGUUGCUGUAGUUGGAGACAAAAAGACAUCUCCAUUCCUGCCUUAAUUUUAAUGUAUCUGUUAGCCUGCAUGCUGCUUGUUCUGCCACAUGACCUUUUCUGGGCAUGAUGGAUAUACUGGCUCAAGUUGCAGCCUUACACUGGACUCUUGGGGAGCUCCAAACAAACACUGGUUUUGAAGACUCAGGAUUCUCCCACCUCUUCUCUCCACAACUCCAGUGGACCUCUUAAUCUCACACCGUAGUGGGUAGUACGGGCACAAAGAGAGUAAACUCCAAGCUUCCUCUUCCCAAAACCCCUACCUUCAAGCAGGACUGAAAUCUCACCUGCGCCAAGGUUUGGCUUGUUCCAGAUACCUUAAGUCACACUCUUUAGCACUUCGUAAUCUUACUCCUUUUCCUGCUGUUAACUUAUGUGUCUGCUACUUAUGUCCUUGUGGAAGGGGAGAUAAUGAAAUCUUUAUUUCUUAAAUAAAGUUAAUUUUAAAAAAGGAACACAGAGCAAAUGAAAGGACUUGUUGAUCUGGUUGUUUGUUUGUUCCUUGAAGUGUCUGUGGCCUAAGGCCUAGAUCCAGCUCUUUCUUCUUUGCUGGCCACCACAAGAGCCUGGACUGCACAAAGAUGCUUAUCUCUUCCAGUGGCAGCUUCCACAAAGAGGUCAUUGUUGUGCCCUGUUUUUGUCAUGUUCACUAUAUUUUUCUUUAUUCACAUUAGAUUUGUCCCUGAACAUAAACUCCUUGUGCCCUGA